UUGGCAGACUGAUCAUAUGACAGCUGCAUGCGUCCCACUUCCCUUCCUCACUGGAAAACGCCACAUCUGACAGGGAGGGAGUACAGACACAACGACAGGGGAGUUUAAAACACCGACCUCAAGAUGCUGGCACUUAUAAACCGGCUUUUGGACUGGUUCAAGUCUCUGUUUUGGAAAGAGGAGAUGGAGCUGACGCUGGUCGGCCUCCAGUACUCGGGGAAAACAACAUUUGUAAACGUGAUCGCUUCUGGCCAUUUCAGUGAAGACAUGAUCCCCACAGUCGGGUUCAACAUGAGGAAGGUCUCCAAAGGAAACGUUACCAUCAAGAUCUGGGACAUAGGCGGACAGCCAAGGUUCAGGAGCAUGUGGGAGCGGUACUGUCGGGGAGUUAAUGCAAUCGUGUACAUGGUUGAUGCAGCAGACCGAGAAAAGGUGGAGGCUUCCAGAAAUGAGCUUCAUAAUUUAUUAGACAAACCUCAGUUGCAAGGAAUUCCUGUUUUGGUGCUUGGUAACAAAAGGGACCUUCCCACUGCUCUAGAUGAGAAGCAGCUCAUCGAGAAGAUGAAUCUGUCAGCUAUUCAGGACAGAGAAAUAUGCUGCUACUCGAUUUCCUGCAAAGAGAAAGACAACAUUGAUAUCACACUUCAGUGGCUCAUCCAGCACUCGAAAUCCAGGAGGAGCUGAAAACGCAGGAGUUGUUUACCAGCUGUAUUUGCCAUGUUACUGUCAUGCCACACCCCCAUCACUCUGCGAUGAUGUACAGUCUUCUACUCACAUGCUGCACUGUUAUGCUCGUGCCACACACAUGCACACAACUCCCCCCUCUCUCUUCUUACAUUGUGAUGUCUUCACAAACCCUAAAGAAUGCACUACUUAAAAAUGUGUUUCUUAGACCGGUUCAAGGAAUAUAAUUGGCAUUAUCAGCUUGCAGAGCUGGACUCUACUUUACCCUCCAGUAAAACCCUAAUUUUGAUCUACCUUUAUCUCUUCAUGCAUUAUUGGUUGAUAAUACCCAUUAGUUUGUACCACUACUCUUAGGUAUUACACAACACUCUUUAAAAGGAGUGUUGAUGCUGUCAAGCAGGCAUCAGUGAUAAAAUGUUGUUCUUCACACAGUCAGAAAUGAUGCUGGGUGACAUCCAGAUUCUCCUAUUCCUGUCAUCUUUUGCUUGACCAUGUUUUCUUCCUCUUUAAAUCAUGUCUGUUGUUAUAGAAAACUGUGGAUUUAAGAAAGUAAUUUGAUGAAGGUCUGUAUAAAUUAUCAAGCUAGUAUGAUUUUUACUGAUGUGAGAUGUGUGUAUGAAUAUGAUUCUAUUUAAAGUCUGAAUGUACUAGACGUAAAGCUGUACAGGAUUGUGUGGUUCAUGUUGGCCCCUGUUUGUCAGUAGCCUCGGUGGAAUGAUGUCCUUUGUGCCGCCUGGAGGCUGAGAGAGUGGCAGAAUUCAAAGUGCCUUUUGCAAUGCCUCUCACCUCUGAAGCUAAGCAAAGCAUAGUACAAGGUGUGCCUACCUGGAUAGAUUAAAUGGAAAAAAACAACACUUCAAUAUAUUCAAGAAAUAAAAAGGCAUGCUUUUUAAUUUA